AUGUUUAAAAGAUUGCUGUUGUACAGUCUGGGCUUUGCCCAUCUUCCAGCUCUGCGCGCCGAGGCAACAUUGCCACCGACGCUGGAGCUGCCCUGGGGAGUGUACGAAGGUCAACCUAUGGCAGAUGAUCCAGAUAUUUAUCUAUUCGAGAACGUCCGUUUUGGUGCCAACCCCCCGCGUUUCGGCGCCCCAGCCUUCCCGACGUCAACAAGCACAGCCAUCCAGCCUGUCAGCGACGGACACAACUGUAUUCAGAUUGACCCAAAUGGUCUUCGCGAAGACUGUCUAUUCCUCGACCUAUACGUGCCCAAGACCGUGAUUGACAACCCCCCGCCGAAGCCUUUGCCGGUGGUCGUAUGGAUCUAUGGCGGCGCGUUCUCAUUCGGCAGCAAGAACCAGAUUGGUCCCUUGUACACCGGCCAGUCAGUCAUCGCAGCGAGCAACUACCAGACAAUAUUCGUCGCUGACGGUGCUGUCGAUCCCACGUUCAAGACCUUUGUUUUUCAGAGCCCAGCGUUUGAAUGGGCCUGGGACAAUAGCCCGAUGGGCAAGUUGGACCAGGUCUAUCAGAACUUCUCUAGUGUUGCCGGUUGUGGCUUUGCCUUCAAUCUUACCUGUUUACAGGGGUCUACGAACCUAACAGCGGCGAACCAGGCGCUUUUCGACACUGUCAAGCAAACUGGUUUGUUCCCUGUUGGACCAGCCGUGGACGACCAGUGGAUCACCACGAUUCCAACUAUUUCGUUCGCGAAUGGUAAAUAUUGGAAGUCCUCGAUUCAGUCGACGAUCAUCUCGCACGUCCUGAACGAGACCGCUUCGUUCACACCGCCAUUUGUGACCUCGUCCGACACAUUCACCGAGUUCCUCGAUGUCUUCCUCCCGGGAGCCGAGCUGGCGUCUCAACGACAAAAGAUAGCUGCCCAAUACCCUUGUACGGAAGCCCCCUACGAUGGUGACUAUAGACUCUGCAUCGCAACCGUAAUCCGCGACGCCAGCUUCACCUGCAACACCCGUGACUUGUACUCGGCGUUCCCGAGCAUAUCGCACAUGAUGCGAUACGGGCUCCCGACUGCCUCAUUAACCCGUCACGCGUCGGACUUGGUGCCCUUGUUCUCCAACUACUACAGCGAAGCUGAGGCCAUCUUGGAGAAGAAUAAUGUUAGCGCCCUUGAGGCCAAUGCCUAUGCUUUCCUCCUCAUCGAUAGCGACCUAGCCGAGGCAUACCAGACGUACUUCGCGUCGUUUGCGCUUUCGGGUGGAAACCCGAAUACAAUUCCGAUGCCAGAGGUUUUGCUUCGGAAGCCGCCGGCCUGGACGGUGGCAGAUGGUAGCGGAGACGAGCUGGCCAAUGUGCUCACAAUCGGGCCGCCGGACCUGGUGCACUCUGCGUUCGCGCUCGACGUUUUCGACGAUCAGAAUACAAAGUCGGCGUGUGACUUUUGGACUGAGAUUGCCAAGGAAAUUGUUGAAGCGCCGCAGGACGCGACAGAUCUGUGA